GAAGGAGAGGGUAAAGGGAUGGUUUUGUGUCCUAAAUAAACGAGAGGGGAUGGGCACAUAAACGAACGACCAACCAGUAGAGACUGUAGCAAACCCUUAAUCACCAUCACGGACGAUACAUCUCUCAACUACUAUUUCUUUUAUUUUUAUUUUUUUGAUCAAAUUCCAUACUCCCGAUGUUGAAGCUGUGGAAAUUAUAUCAGAAUUGUUUAGCUGUUCAUCCAGUAAAAACCCAAAUUAUUAGCUCUGGGUUUCUAUGGGGUACUGGAGAUAUUGCUGCUCAAGCUGUCACUCAUCAUUAUUCUAUCAAAAAACGCCAUCUAAAUCAUGAUAGCACUGAAGCAUUCAAAAUCAAUUGGAAAAGAGUGGGGACUACGGGCUUGUUUGGGUUAGCAUUUGUUGGUCCUGUCGGUCAUUUCUGGUACCAAGGCUUGGAUCGGUUCAUAAAGCAAGGGCUUAAACUCCCACCAAAAUCAGCGCGAGCUGUAGCCGCCAAAGUUGUUGUUGAUGGCGUCAUAUUUGGUCCCUUGGACUUAUUCGUAUUUUUCACUUACAUGGGUUUUUCUACCGGCAAGAGUGUGGAACAGGUGAAAGAAGAUGUGAAGAGGGAUUUCCUACCAGCCUUGGUUUUGGAAGGAGGGGUAUGGCCAAUUCUUCAAGUUGCCAACUUUCGGUUUGUUCCAGUGCAGUACCAACUUCUAUAUGUAAAUACCUUUUGCUUGAUAGACAGUGCUUUUUUGUCAUGGAUCGAUCAACAAGAGGAUGCUGCUUGGAAGAAAUGGUUCAAAUCAUUGGUUACUUUCGAGAAAAAAGAACAGCAAUGAUACUGAUUCACUUUAUUUUAUCGCGUAUCAAUUCUCUGUUUUUACGUGGUUUUAAUGCAAAAGGCGUGUCGAGAAAUUUAUGUAAUGCUGAGAGGAUUUUAAUUGCCUUUGUUAUUUCAACUAGGUACCCACUGAAGUCGAUUGUUCUGAUUCAGAACCUGUUUUUGAUUCUCAGUACAAGGCCACUAUAUUUUGACAAAAUAAAUACUAGAUACAACUUUUCCAUUUCCUUUGUGUGAUGGAGAAAAUAC